UGGUGUGGUAGAUGUAGCUGCAAUAGAUCCCUGCACGUGCAUGUCAUGUUACAUUCUUCAGAGAUUAACUUUGGAUGUGUUGCACAGGGUGGGUUUCUGCAGAUACCACAUUAUAUUAGUUACAGUUAUAGUUGUACAGCAUACGGAGUAUGGGGUAUAGGGUAUUCGGAACUCUAUUAUGAUUUGAAUAUACCCGAUGCGUUGGAACUGGGACGGCCUUGUUUAUUUUUAUCAAUAUUAAGUUAGUUAGGUUGGUUGAAAUGCAAGUGUAAGGUUGGUUUUGGC